UAUUCCUGAAUCUCAAUCUAGUUGUUGAUAUGCUUUCAGUUUCGUGGAUAUUCUUAUCAUGAUCAAUAUUCCAACGUCCUUAACAAAUUCUUCUCUUACAAUCUUUAAACUUGCCAUUUCGGCAUCAGAUCCUUGGCCUUUUUCACUUGUUUUCUUGUAACAUCUGAGAUCUCUCUCUUUCUGCAAGAAAAAUCUAAGGUUUUCUUGUUCCUCCGUGUUUUUUAAUCUUGAGAUGGGUAGUGGAGAUAAAACCCAUCUGAAUUUCCAUUUGAACAUGCCGAUUAUUCAUUUCCACCACCACCACCACCAAGGGAAGAAGGAAAUACCGAAGGGGUAUGUGGCGAUAACGGUGGGGCAAGGGGAGGAGCAGCAGCAGCGGUUCAUUGUUCCGGUGAUCUAUAUCAACCACCCGCUGUUCACCGAGUUGCUUAAAGUGGCUGAAAAUGAAUAUGGAUUUGAUCAAAAAGGUCCAAUUAAUAUUCCUUGCCAUGUUGAAGAAUUUCGCCAUGUUCAGUGUACGAUUGAUCAAGAGAAAUCGCACCACUACCAUUACAGCCACCACGGCUACCCCCACUACCACCAGUUUGUGUGCUUCAAGGCUUGAAAUUUAUGCGUUUGACAAUUAGGUUAUUCCCCGUUUGAUGUAAUUUUCUUUUUCUCUUUUCAAUUUUUGUUGGUUAAUUAUUUUCCUUACUUAUUAUGGAUCCAUUUGUACCGUUGUGUAGUAUAAUAAUGUCGAGAUUUUGAUGAUAUUUGUAUGAAUUAAGUUAAAGUGAUCGAAUUCGUUGACAUAACGGCUAACCGAUCCUCACA